UAUUCUUAGCUGCUGGAAACGGGAUGACCUCAUCUUUUUCCUCCCUCGAGCAGGUAUAGACAUACAACAACAAAUAAUGUUAGAGGCGCAGACAGAACGGAGAGGAGCACGGGAGCACAACUACCGAGACCAGAGAUCGAGGGACUGUUUAUAUUCAAACACAUACAUACUUCAAGCGGUGUGUGCUUCCUCUUGUUUGUGCUGUUUACAACGUUCAGCUUCGUUGGACUUUUUCAACGUUUUUUGAUUUCCUGCGCACUCUGCUAAUCUCUAAACUGACUGGACUGGUUUUCGGGUUAUAAAAUAUAUAAAAGAAACAUUAAACAAAUCAAGAGAUGGUCUACUACAGGGACAGUCAGUCCGAGCGGCCGCCGUUGUCGCGUAUUCUGCCGCAUCUCUACCUUGGUGCAGAGACUGACGUAACGCAGGAUGGUUUGUCUGACCGAGGCAUUUCAUACGUACUAAGUGUGAGCAGAUGCUGCCCCCAACCUUCAUUUCUACCCCAGUCCCAGUACCUUCGUAUCCCAAUAGACGACUCCCUGCGGGAUGACCUGCUUCCUUGGAUCCCUCAGGCGUUGCACUUCAUUGAUGGGGCCAUGUCACUUGGCUGCUCAGUCCUGGUCCACUGUGCUGCAGGAAUCUCUCGGUCUCCAGCGCUUGCUGUGGCCUACGUCAUGUAUAGCCUAAAAAUGGAUCUGGAUCAUGCAUACAGGUUUGUGAAAGAACGCAGACCUACAAUUUCACCCAACUUUAACUUCUUGGGACAGCUGCAGCUCUUCCAGGGAACGCUUUCUUUGACUAAUAACAACACGAACUUUCAUGCUCAGCAGUCAGUAAAACCUUUGGAUAACUGCCCACAGCCUGCCAAUGAAAUAAAAAACAGCAGCAGUUCCACAGUGGCACUGUUAGCUAAUCUAAACCUGCAGAACAUGGACAACAACUGUAUUAUUAAUGGAUGUACUGAGGAUUCCAAAGCAAACGUGCACUGUGAGAACAAGAACAACCAAAUGGAAAAUAUUCCAAGCCGAGCCCAGCGCUGUGAGGCGAUGAAGCCAGAGUUUACCUUAUCCCUUUCAGACAAGCUCGGGGCGCUCACUCUCCGCACGAAUCCCACAGAGGUACAAAGACCAGUCAACGUCACUUCUCAGACACAACAGGAUGCACCAAAGUCCAGCUUACCUAAGCCUACUCACCUUCAGAUUCCGUCACUAGCGGAGAAACGCAAAAGCCUUACUCUUUCCCUUACACCAGUGAGUGCAGUUCCUCAGAGUCACCAGAAGGUGUCGUCAGUGAACAGCUGUGAGCUGAAACAGAGCAGUUCCUCAGUUGAUCAGACGGGGGCGUUAGAGGACCUGGGCAGAGUCAAUAUGGAGCCGACAGCAUCUGAAACCAGAGCAGAACCAAAUGGGUUUGUCAGUGAGGAGGCAUCAGCUAGACUCAGCUGCUCAAAAUCACAAAGACGAAAGAGUAAACUAAACAGCAGAGCAAAUGCGGAGCAACAAAAAACAAACCAACUGAAGCAUUCAGGCACAAGAUCGCACAGGCAGACCCAGGGAUCAUGUGGUAUUGUAACCUCCCCGCAGGAGCUUUUCGAGAAGGAGGUUACUGGUGGUGUGGAAGCAGUGGAGGGUAUGGUUGGAGACCAGAGCCCCUUGUCUCCGGUCAGUCUUACAGUCAACAAAAUACUGGACUGGGGUGAACGCAUGCUGCUUGGGGUCUUACUCGGCCCGCGUAUUAAAGUGGGACAGGCUGCUUUGCCAUACAGAUGUUGAAGAGAUCUGGUUAUAUGGACUGCGCUAUUUAAAGAUACAGGUGUAAAGAAGGAUUGUACACUCACUGUAUCUCGCUAACGAUCUGAAGGAACCUAAAUGAAGACAACGUUGCUCUGAGUGAAAAAGCAUAUGUAUGAGUGUGUGAAUUCACUUAUUUAUUUAAUAAAACAUUGCAUGUUCCUCCAAGACUAUUUGAGAGACUCACGUCAUCUGAUGAACUGGUGAUAUGUGGAUAAAUGACUGAAUGUCUGCAAGAAAACACAUGCGAUUUGUUCUAUUAUAAUGCACAGCUUGCCUGUGACUUUAUUUAUUGAAAUACAAUGAUAAUUGUUAUUUAUAAAGGGGUAUUUUGCAGGUGGAAUUUUAACACUAUAGCUUGUAUUGAAAACAGUGUUCAUUAAAGACGAUUAUUUUA